UCAGCAGAGAAUUUGUGCGAGAGCGUUUCGUUACUCAAUUGCGAUAGAAUUACUUUUUUCCAUGAAAAUGCAUCGAAUACCAUAUAAUUCCCAUGAAGUCAUCAAGGGUUGCUACUGUAAUCCACGUUCAAAUCGGCAAAAGAGGAUGAUAACAGAAUCAGGAAGCCAGUCAGGAAUGCCGUAUGCUGAUCCCUCGAAAGAAUUUCAUGCUGUCAUCAUCAACGGUGAUGCUUGAUUUAUACUCAUGGUGAGCUGCAUGAAUGAAAGUUGUUGGAAAUCCCCGAAAAAUGUGAAACGGAAGUCGAAUGCCGGAGAAAGAAACUGUUACCGCGCAACCUUGGAUUGACCCGCUACUCAUCGUCGACAGAAGCCCCCUGGUUUUACAACAGACCCCGGGGAAAACCGGCGCGAUCCCUCUAACGUUAGAUCAGUGUGGGGCCAGGGUUGAGUCAGAACCCCAAGGAGCAGUGCAUGUACAGCUAGUACAACAGGAUGCACGCCGGUCUUGUUUUAUUUGUGGUGCUUCUUGUGCAGUUUUCUCUUAAUCGUGGAGUUCGAUGGAAUUCUCACAACGAAAUUCCAGCAUGCGCGCGGUGGAUUCGUCACUAUAUACUGUAGUACUAUCCGUGGAAUUCGCGCAGGAAUGCCUCACCUUGUAUAUCUUCGGUACAUUUCUCGCCUCUAUAAUAUACAUUACACAUCGGAGGAAAUUCGUGGAUGACGUGAAAUGUGCUUGUGUGUUGAGAAUAUUAUAGAAGCUGUGAGAAGAAAUACGCAAAUGGUGCGAAACAAUAAUGCCUGUUGCGAAUAAAGAAUGUGUGCGGGGUGAUGGUGGCGUUUCGUGUGGACCUUGUCCGCAGUUUCGACAUGUUGUGGUCGUUGGAAACGGCCCUUCGGCAAUCACGCUUUCCUUCAUGCUUUCCGGUCACUGGCCGCAGUACAACGGAAACCCAGUGGCUGACCCGUGCCUUCAAUUGCGACUAGAUGACACCAAGGACUUCUCUCUUAUGGAGCUCAACCUAGAAGAGCUCAGCGAGGUUCGUUACUAUCGAUGAUAACUAGGAUUCCCAUCAUUAUGUGACCACUUUUGUUAUCUCCUUGAAUACUUUAUACAGUAUUAUUGAUGCUCAUCAUCCCGAGCGUAAACGAAAGUUUAGGGUAUAAUUUUUCAACUCCAGCUCUCAUCGUUGGAAUCUGAUUCCCAUGCCUGAUUAUCAGGGUACGGUAUAUUGCAUCAUGGUAAGAUCGUGUUGUGUGUUCUUUCCACACACAAAAAAAAAACGUAUGAAUUUAUAUGAAGGGUUUGAGCGGCAGGUCGAGGAACCCAGUUUCAGUUCUCUAUGAUGCUUUGACUCACCCUGACGCUGAUUUGGGCAUGACGAACCCUUCGGCUGUGGACUGGGCCCUUCGUGACGAUAGAGCUGUCAGUCACGUGGUGCUCGGGAAAGGCAAACCCGGCGGUGCUUGGCACGCCAACCUUGUUUCGCGUGCCAAUAAUGAAGAUGUAUUGGAUUAUCUGCAGGCGAUGGACGGAAGUAUUUUGACACUGAGCUUCGGGACGUGGAUGGAACUUCCUGACAGUGAUUUCAUGACAUUUUGCGACGGCGCGAAGCGACCGACGGUGUCGACAGUUGCCAGGUAUUACAAGAACUUUGUGGCUGAGAAGCAGUUGUCGCCUCACUUUUUGGACAGAACGGUUGUCACUUGUGUCCGACGACUAUUCCUCAACUGCAAUUCCCCGUGUCGCAAGAUUUUGCUCGAAGCCAGCGGGAUGACAUCAUCGAGGCGCCGGAGUCUGAGUGCCCGCAGGGAAGUGGCGUCGGUCGCCGCCUCGCCGUUGUGCAUGGCACAGCAGGCGCCUGGUGUCAUCAACAGCUGUCGACGCCGCAGGAGCGUGUCCGUGUCGGCGUCCACUCUGGACAAUGAUAGCCCGUAUGUGUGGGAAGUGCGUGGGUACCGGGAGCUGGACGUCGAGGACGACGGUGACGGCGACGACGGAGCCCGAGUUCCGUUCACGUUCGUCACUCCAAACGUGGUCUUGGCCACGGGCACGACCGACUCGAAAAACCGUCUCAACGUGCCUGGGGAAGACCUGGACUUUGUUAUGCAUUCUCUGGCUAGGGUCGAGGACUGGUUGGCCAACAAGAGGACUUGGGAUGACCUGCCGUUGGUGGUGAUCGGCGCCGGACUGACGGCGGCGGACGCCAUAGUGGCGGCCAUGAGUGCAGGGGUGGACGUUUACCACGUGUUCCGUAGGGAUCCCUUGGAUCCCCGCGUGAUCUUCAACAACCUGCCGGCGAGUCUGUACCCAGAGUACCACAGGGUCCACGCGCUGAUGACCAAGCGCCUGGUGGAGCCCGGCUAUCGCGGGUUCUCCAAGUGCAAGGUCAUUGGAAUCCGUCCCUCGGGCCACGUGCUGGUCGAAUGCGAGAACGGCUGUGGGAAGGUCAGUUUAUUUGCGUAA